AUGACGGCUCCGAGGAACUCGAUAGUUAUCGACUUGAGCUCAAAGCCCAAAACCGCCGCCUACGACAUACUCAGUAGCGAUGAGGUAACUUUUGUCUUUUUAAGGCUAGUUAAGCUACAAAUUGGGAAAAAACUGCAAGAAAAACAUUCAUUAUGAGCUGCUGAAAAUAUUUUGAAGAAAAAUUCGUACAAUGCUACACUUUUUUGUUGUUUUGAAUCAUUUCGAUAUUUCACGACAUUGGCAUAGUUUUGUUCACAAAUGGAGAUUGAGGAGUCAAAACGACGCCGGCCACAGCCUCGACAAGGCCGACACCUCAAGUGCAGCUGGCUGCCGUGCUGCAUGUCCGAAGAAGACGCCGAGUCCUUCGGCCACCACGUCUCCAUCUUCAUGGUGGCCCUCGUGGCCUUCGCCACCUUCUUUUGCGUCACACUCAUCCUCAUCCUCGUCUUCCUUCUCGGCUGA